AUGGAGGGGCCCAAAACGGAGGCUCGGCUAUUACACUCGCUGAACAAAUUCAUAGCUCUAAUCAGUCAUGUAGACUCGAGUGGGCAGACCAAAGCGGUACCGAAUAGCAAGUUAGUGGCAAACUUUCUGAGGCUUAAUCUGCUUUCUGGCUUGCGGGCAGCUCAACAAGCCUCGAGCAUCGUGGAGAACCGGGAAACCAAAGAAAGAGAUCUUUUGGUUCAAUGGUGGAUCACACUCCUUAACUUCCUGAAUAGCAAGGUUGACAAUCCGGACGAGCAUCCUAGCUCCCCGCUUCUUAGCAUUGAGCUCCUGUCUGUCUCGUUGGAAUGCGUUAGCAGAAUCCUGACCCUGCUCAUCGUUACUUCCCGAGAAGAUGCGGAGCACAAACGCGACCUGGAAGUUUACUCAUACCACACACUUCUAACUGUGCACUAUGUGACUAACAUGCUUAUUACAAAUACUAAGAAGCGCAAGCAGCUUUCAGGGAACGCGUCUUUGCACCCUUCUCAGCUCAAAGCCAAAAUUACUUACUACAGUGAUUACAACGCUCUUCUUAACGCGUUUAUGGGGAAGUUGAUGGCAUACGCGUUCUUCUUUCUGGACCCUUGCUUCAAUUAUGACUAUUUCAUCCUGGCAUUCUUGGAACCCUGCAUAGUUCCGGCACCGCACUCCUUUGCUGCUAUGCCGUGGAAAACAAAAGACUUCCAUGUUGUUCAAAAGCGUCCAAACGAACAGUCCUCAGUUUCACGUUCUGACCAGAAUGGCAGGAUUUUUCAGGUGAUGAUUUCUUAUUUGAGAAAUGACAUGGUUUUCAUGGCUUUCUAUUGGCAUUACUGGUACAUUGCUUUGAAACUGCUCUCUACAGUUGGUGUCAACGAAAUAAGCGCUGAAUAUAUCCCUGGUUGCUCUUUCUUGAGCUGGUACCUUGGGAAAUGCAUUGAUAACGAUCUUCAGUCAUUUACGCGCUACGUCAAGUCGCAAGAAAGCGAUAUCACUCAGCAUAACAAAAUUCACGCCAACCACUCGCCUGUAACAAGUGAACAAAUAAACAACUUUGUGUUUGUCAAUUUCAAAACAAUAAAACUCUGGGAAUGCAUUAGAACUUUAAUAGGAUGCGUUCAUCCGGCACUUUCGACGCUCUUGGGCAGUCUUGUAUCUUUCCAUGAUAAUAUCCAAUUCAGGAAGAUUUCGAAGAUUCCUUCUCAUGAUUUCCUUUUGGGAAAUUUAGCAUAUAAUCGGAUUCUCCAGUUCAUUAUAUUUCAGUUUGAUACCAUCCCGCAAUACCUCAACUGCCUAGACUGGCACAAGUGGUGUCACGGCAUUAUGCGAAUGCUCAAAACCCUGAAUGCCAACUGCCAAAGCGUUGCACUGCUGGCACUUUUUAAUAUUUGGAGGUUCAUCCCCUCUGAAAAUGCAUUGAAAAGUGAUAUGUCGUACCUUCUUUCUGUUACGUUGUGGAAUCACUUAGCAUUGGAGACACAUUACGAUGUCGUUCGUAUCCUCUUCUUCAAAAUCAUUGUCUUUCACUUGUUAGACAGUGAGGUGGACGAAGAUGGGGGCAUAAAGUGUUGCAUUCUAAGGAACUUGCAGGACGCAUACGUACGAGCAACGAAACUCUCAGCCUUAGUCUCCCACGAACCACUUCUGGACCACUCAAAAGAUUCCCUUCUUUUUCAUAUGAACAAAAAGUUGAUCUUGUCCAGUAUAGAGUUCAUAGACGAAGAAACCUUAAUGAACGAUAUUGACGAAGCAAAAACAUCUGAUAGGAGGAAGGCAAUACUUAUCCCCUCUGUAAUAUCUGUGGCAAGUGUUCGCCCCAUGGUUGUGCUAGGCCGGGGGAAAUAUCCAUUCGACGUUCAGGAUGAAAUGGUGCUUAAGGCUGCAAAAAAAGCGGCAACUAGAAGGAGAGAAGCAAUCAAUGCCAAUCCAACUCCUAAAGAUAGUGCGAUCAGCAGAGACAAUAGAAGCACCAGUUUCAGCAGUAGAGGCACGGAUGACUCAAUCGUUGACGAGGAAGAUCAAAGCAACCCAAUAUCGAAUGCGCUAGGAUCUUUUUUCUCAAAAUUCGGCUCUUCAAGUUCUAAGUCCGCCCAAAAACCUAAAUCUUCGUCCUCCAAUAAGUUAUCAAAAGUCUACAUCCAAGGCAGACAGAGGAAGAACUCUUCCCAAUCUGCCAACUCGGAACGAAAAAAUGACAGCGACUCAGCUGAAAUGAUAUCAAUGUAUUCAUCAUUAUCUGCUGCAUCUUCUGUGUCGGCCAACAAAAGCGGCUCGUCGCUCGAGCUCCGCACCCAGCCGUCAAACUCUUCAAUGAAUAUUGGUUUUUAUCGAUCUCACCCGGGUAAAGAAGAUCAAGGAAAGAGUCUUCCGCCUCAACCGCUAAAGAGAAAAAAGCUUUUGGCACCGCCGGAGCAGAAAUUCUCUGGUGAAAUUAAUGGGAGGAGAAGUGUUCAGUGGAUGUUUCGUUUAAUUACUGCACCGAUGUCAGGCUCUUCCUCUUCUGCUCUCUCAAAAGUUCAAGAGGCAAAUGAUCGCUGGGGAUGCAUCACGGCUCGCACUUAUGAUAAGCCCUUGCCUGCUCCUGUGGACUCGAGUAAUACACUUGAAUGUGGUUUAGACUUAUGCAGUUUGAAUACAAGCUUCAGCGAGUUUGACCUGUCGGAGAGUGAAAUUCCAAAUACAUUACAAAGCUCCUCAAAAAACCACUCGGAGAGCCCUGUCCAAAAUCUUCCCUAUCCGGACUUUUUGAGUCUCGGGGCUAGUACAAUUGAUAGUAUUGAGGGCAGCGACAGCAUUGGACGUCUCCCGGUCUCUCAGUGGGGUUUAGAUAUUCAAACUAGUCUCGCUAGCAUAUUGACGGAGCCCGAUGAAGGCAGCCAAUUGGAGUCGCACGCAAAUAUAUCAAACAGCGGAGCUAAUAUGCCAGGUGCUAUUAUUAUGAGGCAGAGGACUGAACUUUGUAAGCUGGUCAAACUGAUAGACGUGUUCAACUGCACAAUAAAGGAACGCUGCAACUUUGCAGAUAUGUUUCACGAAGAUAAUGCACAAAUUUUGAUGGACUCGGAAAUUGGGACUUUUAGAAGUCCUCAAUUUGGCAGCAAGAGUACUGUCAACGCACAUAUUGACUUUAUGUAA